GUCAAUCAAAGAGGUCAAAUUUGGGUUCACCUCUGCGUAGGAAAUGGUCUGCCCAAUUUAGCCUGGCUCGGGAAUAUGAAAGACUAACGUUUAAAAACGCAAACUCACGGCGUUGUAUUUACAUUUGAUCAUAUUUUGAGCUACGGUAAACUUUGACGUUGCGUUCGCAGUAUUUUAAAAUUAAAACAGAGUGGGUCGUCCGGGUGACGAUUUACUGGCUACAUAAGGUGACCUGUUCGUGUCCCAAAUGACCGGUGCUUGGGAAUUAGUUUUAAACUAUGUGUUUACGUGUGUAUUGGUGGAAUAAUCCGACAAGGUACGUAUUUAAAGUAUACAAUUUGGAGCGGUUACUCUGUUAGGGGCCUCUGUCCUAAAACGAGUGUUGCGGCCAGAUAGCUUUUCAGCUCAGCCAUGUGCAGUGUUGGCAUUUAUGACAUGUUUGUUUGUUUUCGUUCACAGUCUCCAGGUGCAUAUGUUGUUCCACGCUGAAGUUUUGCAAAAAUGCCUGCUGGGGUGUCGUGGACUCGCUACCUGAGGAUGUACGGAGCCAGCAUAUUAGCGAUGUUUGCAGGGGCACAGGCGGUCCACCAGUACUACUUACCUGAUCUGAGUAUACCAGAGGUCCCUCCAAACCCUGGCGAGCUUCAGACAGAAUUAUUUGGCUUCAAACUCGGAGAAGCAGCCGCACAGCAGCAGACGGAAGCAACACCAAAGCUGGACUAAUAUGGAAAUAAUAUAUCUUGGAAAUAUCCUCAGCUCAGUGGACUCUUAUGGCAUAUAGAAGUCAUUGGCUGCAACAUGCUCUGAGGAAAACAACACAGUUGGGACAUGAAAUUGACUUUUCAGUGUUUGUUUUCAAUGAAACAAAGCCUGUCAAAAUGUCAGAAACAGCCUACAAGAACAGCUGAACUUGGUAUUAAUCAGAGGCACUUUAAAUGGGGGCAGGUGUGUUUGACUCCCAUUUCACAUGAGUAUGAAUGUGAUUUGUUAAUUUUGAGGACAGAUGCAUCACCUAGCUGAUUUUUAAAUAUGUAAUUACUUUGCGUAUCUUUACCUACUCUAAUGGAUUGGUUUUAGGGUGUCAAAUAAAGGUGAGGAAUGUCAAUGGCCCUUGUGUCCUUCCAUUUCUGGAGGAAAACAUUUGGACACCCCUGCUGCAAAAGUAACUUUAAAGGCAAACACAGCGUUUUAGAAUUUUUGACUGUCACACAAGUGUCAAAAGAACACUGUUAGUAAGAUGUAAAUAUAAGUGGCAAAGAAUGACAGGUAAAGAAGGCUUAACGCAAAGGCGAUUUGCGACGCAGAUAUGCCCCACCACGCAGUU